AUUCAGUAUAAAUAUCGGUAUCACAGCUUUCACCAAAUCAGAAUUCAAUUCACCAUGGCCAACCUUAAAGCUGUUUUCCUCAUCUGCAUUGUUGCCUUCAUUGCAUUGCAAUGCGUAGUAGCCGAACCUGCUGCCGAAGAUUCCGUUGUGGUUAAACGGAGUAUUGGUAGCGCGUUAAAAAAAGCCCUCCCGGUUGCGAAGAAGAUUGGUAAGAUCGCCUUACCCAUUGCAAAGGCUGCUCUACCCGUUGCAGCCGGUCUUGUAGGAUAAUGUGUUCCUAUGCUGUAUUUAAAGCGAAAUGACGUAAAAAUAUAUCCGUUCGUUGUAAAGUUAAAAAAAGAGAAAUAAAAAAAUUUAGUUUGCAAAGUA